CUUUAUAUUAUACUUUUUGAUAUUUGAUACUAUCAAUAUGGCCUCUCUUCCCCCUGCUGUCUGCUGUACCGUUGGUAUUCGCCAUGAAGGCACUCCCACCGGGAAAACCAUCCAAGUCGCCGGUGUAGACGCCUACAUCGCCGAACCGUCUGGGCGUGUUCAUCGCGACGUGGCGAUUCUCUAUCUGCCUGAUGUCCUUGGGAUCUGGCAGAACUCGAAGCUGAUGGCGGACCAUUUCGCUGCCAACGGCUAUUACACCCUGCUGCUUGAUUUGAUGAACGGGGAUCCUGUUCCGAUGAACAGAGGGCCAGACUUCGAUAUGCAAGGAUGGCGCGCCCACGGGUCCAACGGAACAACCCCCCACACGCUGGAAGCCGUCGAGCCGUUGGUGACCAGGGCGAUCGCCUACCUGCGCGACACGCUGGGCAUCAAGAAGAUCGGAAGUGUAGGCUACUGCUUCGGCGCGAAAUACGUCAUCCGCUCCCUGGCAGAGGGCAAGGGCGUGGAUGUCGGGUUCAUCGCUCACCCGUCGUCGACCGAGGAGGCCGAGCUGGCGGCCAUCAAGGGGCCGUUGUCCAUUGCCGCGGCGGAGACGGAUCGAGUGUUCCCCCCCGAGCUGCGCUGGAAGAGCGAGGAUAUCCUCGUGGCGGCGGGGUUUCCGUGGCAGAUGAAUCUGUUUGGAGGCGUCAAGCAUGGGUUCGCCGUCCGGGGGGAUAUGUCUGUGGCGAAGGAACGGUAUGCCAAGGAGCAGGCCUUUUUCCAGGCGGUUGUCUGGUUUGAUGCUCAUCUCGCGCUGGAGGAGUGAGGUAGAUAGUGAUAGUUCUAGUCCAGAAUUUGCUUCUUAUGGACUCAUAUAGUUAUUGUCAUG